CAGCUAAAGGUCCCUCCUCAUCAGGAGAAAGAAAUACCUAGAAAGAAGGAAAAUAAAGGGGCCCCUUUAUUUUUCUGCACUUUUGCCUUACGCGAUUUUCGCCCAGCAGAGUGGUCUGAAGAGGGGAAAUUCUGGAAAGCUUCUUUUGAUGCCAUUUUCCUCUUGGCGUCAAAAAAUUCCUCCCGAGGAUAUGGCGAUUUUUCGCGAUUGAAGAUGGCGAAAAAAAUUGUGCCGCCGCUUAUCUGAGUUUUCCUGAAUUCUCUUUUCUUGAUGUCAACAAGUAAGGUCUUUUGUUAUUCAAGGAAAAACAUGUGAACAAUAUUUGUUUCAAAGUUAUGCCGGAUAUCACGGUACUUAUAACAAGUCGUGUUAAGGCCGAAAUUAAGAAAUCAAUCAAUUAUGAAACAAUCUGUGCAAAUUUCUGCAGAAACGAGGAAGAUGACACAUCUGUUGAACAAGAAGAUUAUCACGCUGUUAUUCUGCAGCGUGGUACUAAAGGCUUUGGUUUUGGUAUUUGUGGUGGCAAAGAAUUUCACAACAUGCCUCUUUUUGUUUUGAGGAUUGUAGACAACGGUCCUGCUCAACAAGAUGGUAAAAUAAAGAUAUACUUUGGAUGCCAACAUGAAUUUUUUAAAGAAGACUCCCACUAUUUACCUCAAUCAGGAGUAUCUCCUGGAAAACUAAUGAGACAUUUCUCAAAUUUUGUUUCUCUGCAUUGAAUGGUAAACUUAGUAUUGGAAAUAUGUCGCACAAAACAGUUUGAGAGAAAUAGUUUGAGAUAAUGAUUCAAUAAAUGUGUAACUGUUUUUGUCCACUAUAUAUAUAUGUAACAGGCCCACCAGCGGCCGAGCGGUAAAGACGCUGAACACUGGUAGUUCGGUCCGAGGUUCGAAUCCCGCGAACGGGCUGGCUGCAUGGGCGUUUUCGUGGUUUUCCCCAUGUGUACGUGUAUAUGAGCCAGUUUCCCUUAGAAAGUCCUCCACGAAAGGCAUCCCUCCCCUUAGGCAGAUAGCCCUAGUGUGCUUUGCCAUAAUUAAAUACACCUAUAUAUGUAACAAUAAAUUAAUGCUGUGUGUUAGUAUUGCUGUAAUGUGCUGUUAAGCUCCAUGAAUUCAGUUUAAAUAUGAAACAUUUUGCGUUUAAAAAAAUAAAGGCAAAUAAUAUAUUUUAAUUCAAAAUUCAUAAAAAUGGAUCAUUUAAAAAUUGUAGCAAUGUGUUUUCUAAUUAUUUGUAGUUUCAUUUUUGUUGUGUUUAUUUUUUUAUUUAUUUAUUAUCUUUCUAAUUUUGAGAGGCAAUACCAUUUACUAUUUGUAAUUUAGUAAAAAGAAAAAUAGUUUUCAACAAGACUACUGACAGUAAAUUGAGUUUAAAUUCUGGCUGGGUGUUACAACAAGGACCUUAACCUCUGCAUGGAAGAAGCUGUGGCCUGAGGCUGUAGCUGAAAGGGCCUAUGAAGGAUUGGAACCCGAAGUGUCAGUGGUGGAGGAGAUUGUUUCUCUGGGAAAAUCUAUGGGUCUUGAGGUGGAUGAGAGAGAUGUGAACAAACUUGUCGAGGAACAGUCUCAGGAGCUGAGAACCGAGGAGUUACAUGAUCUACAUUCGCAGCAGCCUACGGUGGUUCAAUGAAAAAUUAUUUUUGAAGAGGAGCCAGAGAUGGAGGAGGUUAUCCCUACAAGAGAUAUAAAGGAGAUCUUGGGAAUGUGGGAGAAAGUUGCAGAUUUCGUGGAUAAAAUCACCGCGAAAAAGUUGCAACUGGUUGUGCAUCGGAGUUGUUCAACGAAACUUGCCUAGCUCAUUUCCGCAAUAUCCUGCAAGGGAGGAAGAAACAAACCUCCUUGGACAGUUUUUUUAAACGAUCUGCAGGUGAAAAUGAGCAAAGCGUGACGAAAAAGUGAAGACCAGUAUUGAAAAUGAAGCACUUCACUUUUUCUUUUAAUUAUGUUUUUAUAGAAUAUGUAUUUCUUAUCUAUAAAUAAAAUGUUUUUUCUUGUGAA